CUUAUUCUCUUUCUUUCUUCCUCAUCGCUGAUUCUCUCUCUCUCCCAGUUCUCAUUUAUUAUUUAUUAAAUAAAAAAGAUAAAUAUAAAAUUCUUCUCUGGUUAGAUUAUUUUCUUAUCCGGUUACUUCAAAAUUACUGUUCAACCGCAGUAAUUUUCCCCCAAAAUUACAUAUUGCUGACGUGGCAUGCAUCCAAUAGAAAACCGCCAUGAAUACCAAAACGAUGCGUCUUCCCCCACGCCGUGUGCUGACAUCAGACAAACGAGUUAUCUCCGGCGUCGUCGCCGGUAAACCCGCCGUGACAAAUCCGCCACCGCCGCCGAUUAAAUCUAUCCUUAAGAAAACUGAAUCCGUCGCUCCGACAACUGUCGCCGCUGUCGUAGCCGAGCCGGCCAGUUCGAACCAGCUCCUCGCCGGUUAUUUGGCUCACGAGUUUCUCAACAAAGGCACACUCUUCGGAGAGCAGUGGAAUCCGGCUCGAGCCCAAGCCGGCCCAUUUCCGGCCCAAUCUACCGAGUCGAGACAGACUAAGCCGAGCCAUGAUAUCGAGCCGAGUGAUCAUAAGCGGAGGAGAUAUGAGGAAGUCGCUAAUAUCCUCCGGGCAGAUGGAACCCACUUGCCCGGUAUCGUCAACCCUUCACAGCUUGCCCGAUUCCUUAAAUUGUGAUGGCGCAAAUCCACGUGGAUCAAGGAGAUUGGUGCGUCCACCGAAAAUCAAGACGGUUGUUAGCACCGAAACAUUCCUCUUGUCUCUGUCUUCGUUCGAAUUGACUCGGAAAUGUUAGGAUUCUUGUUCUGGUCGGGAUUAGAUGUACUGUCUUUUUGUAAAUCUGGUUAUGCAUUAAUUCUCAACGGUUUGAAAAACUAUUUUUUUGAAAUUUUUGAAUCCAUUCCAUUAUGCAUUAAUUCUAAUCAUAUAUGUUACUGUGAAUGUUACUAAUGAUUUUUUCCAUGUCGAAAAAGAGAUGAAAAUUUGUAGAUUUUUCGAUUAGUGAAACCCUUGGAUGAAUCUUCUCUGAUGAAAUCGUAGAUCCGAGUUUUUUUGGACAAUGUGAAUCUCCGGGAAAUUACCUAAGAAUUAGAUGAAGCGAAGAUCAGUCCCUGGGAGCUAAGAAUCGGGUACAGUUUGAUUACUUUUAUCAGCUUUUCUGUUAGGGAUUUGAAUAAAACUGAUGUCGUUUGUAAAGUUAGAUUCUAGAGUUAAAUCUGAUAAUGAUGUCAUUUAAUCUAGAAUUUUUGUUGGACUGCAAGGACUCUGAUGCAUUUCAAAAUUGUACCUUUGGGUAUCCGAUAAUGUCCUUCUCCUUUGCUUAUUAUUUUCAAAUCCUGGUAAAAAGUUUGUUUGUGGAAUUGAGUUUGUGUUUGAUGAUCCUCGAAUUCUAUAAGUUCGUGUGUGGGUGAUGAAUCUUCUCUUGUGUGAAGAUUUGGAAGACCCAGAACAUGGAUUCACAUUCGUUUCAUGCUUUAGUCCCCCUUCGUCUUAAAAAGCGAUGUGUUUUGGUUCUAUCCAUUGCAGCUUGGUGGGUAUGAAUUGUGCCUUAGUGUAUUGUAAAGGUCGUUAUGAAUCAUCUUGAUCACUCAAAAAAGAAUGUAGCUUGCUGUGUAAUAUAUAAAGAAAUGGUGGAAAACCUUUUGAAUUGCGUAUGUACAUUUCUCAACAGAUUGAGCACGGAAUAGAGACAGCCUGCAAAAUUGGAAAUGCGGACAUAUCUAAAGCAUUGUGGGCCUGUGGCCCUGGCCCACAUUUGUUGAGAAUAGAUAGAGGAAUCUCUUACCAGCUGGAUAUACACAUACAUGCAUAUGCAAGUAUCUGGAAUUAACUUGUUAAAAUUAGUUUUAUUCUCUAUAAUUAGAAGAAAAAAAAAUUAAGUUGUUAAAAUUGCUUAUGUAGUUGAA